UCGUCAGCUCGCCUCCCUACGUUACAUAUAAACCCGAGAAACCCUAACAAAGCUUCGUGCGGCCGAGCGAGCGAUAAGACAGACAGAUAGGCUUAGCUUCAUUUCGUCGGCGACGCUGUAAUUUCCCCCCACUUCAUAACUUUCUUUCACAUCAUUUCGUUUUUAUUGAAUCUUCAUCUUUCUCCAACUCUCUAUUUGGUUGCUGAGAAUACUGCAUUUUGGUUAAGAAAAUCCAAACUGGUUUUCUGCAAAUUCCAAGGUAAGAAAUGGUUAAGCACAACAAUGUUAUCCCUAAUGGGCACUUUAAGAAACAAUGGCAGAAUUCUGUAAAGACCUGGUUUAAUCAACCAGCUCGGAAAAACAGAAGAAGAAUUGCUCGCCAGAAGAAGGCUGUCAAAAUUUUCCCCCGUCCAACUUCUGGACCUCUUCGCCCUAUUGUACAUGGGCAGACAUUAAAGUAUAACAUGAAAGUAAGGGCUGGGAAGGGCUUUUCUCUUGAAGAACUGAAGGCUGCUAACAUUCCCAAGAAACUUGCCCCAACUAUUGGGAUAGCAAUUGAUCAUCGCCGGAGGAAUCGUUCCCUGGAGAGUCUUCAGGCGAAUGUACAGAGGCUGAAGACAUACAAGGCAAAGUUGGUUGUCUUCCCAAGGCGUGCUCGCAGCAAAUCUAAGGCUGGUGAUUCUGCACCAGAGGAGCUUGCAACUGCAACACAGGUCCAAGGCCCAUACUUGCCGAUAGUACGGGAGAGGCCAUCUGUUGAGCUGGUGAAGAUUACUGAAGAGAUGAAAUCAUUCAAGGCAUAUGACAAGCUUCGCAUUGAACGGACCAACACACGACAUGUUGGUGUUAGGAUGAAGAGAGCUGCAGAGGCUGAAAAGGAAGAGAAGAAAUAGUUUUGGUUUAAUGCCCCAUCAAGAAGCAGCCUUUGGAACUUCUAAUGUUGAAAGGCGUUUUGCAUUUUUGGUUUUACACAUUUAUCUGGACUCUUGAGACUUUUUAUUUUAGGUUGUUUAAGGUCCGUGGAAUUCAUGAAUUUUCAGGGCUUGGUUAUGUUGACCUCUAUUUGGUAAUGGUUCUGCUUCCCUUCUUGG